AUGGCCUCGAUUGCUCGCUGCCUGCGCACCGGCGCCCCGCCCGCCGUCUUCCGCCUGGCUGCUGCUGCUGCGCCCCGUGCCACUCCCGUUGCCACCCGUUUGCCCGUCCGGAGCUUCUCGACCACGAGGAUGGGCCUGGCGCGCAAGUACACGAAGGACCACGAAUGGGUCGACCUCUCGGCCGACCGCAAGACGGGAAUCGUCGGCAUAUCCGAGUACGCCGCCGAGCAGCUCGGUGACGUUGUCUACGUCGAGCUGCCCGAGGCCGGCGGCUGGAUCGAGCAGGGCGACAGCCUCGGCGCCGUCGAGUCGGUCAAGAGCGCCAGCGACAUCAACUCGCCCAUCCGCUGCAAGGUUAGCCAGGCAAACGUGUUGCUUGAGGAGAAGCCCUCAACCAUCAACUCGGUCGCCGAGGACGAUAGCCACGGCGGUGGCUGGAUCGCCAAAAUCGAGGUGGAUGAAAAGGGCGCCGAGCAGUUUGACGAGCUCAUGGAUGCAAAGGAGUACGAGGCAUUUACUGCCGAGUAA